AUAGCAUAUUAAUUCUUGCUGACGUGCAAUGUUCAGCAAUAAGAAAAACAGCUUACCACCAAGACCUCAUAUGCCAAAUCAUGAACAUAUGCUGGAAGACCUCAAUAAAGCCGUGGUGGAUGAUGUAGCAUUCAAAAUCAUAAAUGAUUUAUGCAUAAAAGAAUCGUAUGGUCUGACAAGUAAUAACACAGAUGAUAUAUAUAAAAAAGUAAAAACCUAUUUAAAUACCAAACAGCAACUGAAACAGCUGGAGUGUACUUUGAAGAAAGAGGAAGAACAAAUGUAUGCAGAUAACAAAGAAAUAAAAAGGCUUGCAAAUGAUAUUAAAAAGCAAGCACAAGCUGCUCUAAUAAUUUCCAAAUAGAAAAGGUGUUGAAAUGCUUAUAUAAUUUAUUUCAUAAAAUUUUGACCAUGCAUCUUUAACUGGACAUACAUAUGUCUUU